AUGACCUGGAGCACCACAGCCGGGGGCGUCCACCAGCUCAACACCACCACAUUCACGUGGCAGCACUUCCCCGUCUGGCAACCGCUGCUGUUGGCCAGCAUUACGCUGCAGCUCUUCUUCUACGUGGGCCUGGCCUUCAUCAGCCUGGACCUCUGUUACUCCUCCACUAGCAUCAAGGAGCUGGAGUACAACUACACCGGUGACCCAGGCAUCAGCAACUGCUCGGUGUGUGCUGUGGCUGGCCAGGGCUGCGUGCCACCGCCCACCUGCUCAUUCGCCUGGUACUUCUCACUGCCUGAGCUCUUUCAGGGCCCCGUGUACCCCUACUAUGUGCUGACCAACUUCUACCAAAACAACUGGUGGUAUGGAGUCCGGGACAAUGCGCAGCUGAGUGGGCUGUCCAGCACGCUGUACCAUCCGGUCAGUGAGUGCACCACUGCGCCACCUGCCCAUCGCACACCCUGCAACAUCAUCACCAACAGCCUCUUCAACGACUCCUCCUCGCUGUGGCACCAGCGCCGGCCCGGCGGGCCCUACGUGGAGGUGCCGCACUACCGCACUGCAUGCAUCGCCCGGUAGACCAACUACCCCAUCAAGUUCUGCAACCCACCACUGGCCAAUGGCAGCCUGGUACUGGCCUUCCAUGGCACAGCACCCCUGCCCAACUGGUGCCGGCUGGUCUACGACAAGCUCAGCCCCAUCCCCAACAACACCGGCUUCGUCAACCAGGACUUCAUGGUGUGGAUGCGCAUGGCAGCGCUGCCCACGUUCUGCAAGCUGUUCCGCAAGCUGUACGCACAUAUCCGCCAGGGCAACUACUCAGCUGGGCUGCCGCGGUGUGUCUACUGUGUCAACAUCACCUAUAACUACCUGGUGCAUGCAUUUGGCGGCCACAAGCUCCGCAUCUUCAGCAGCAUCUUGUGGAUGGGUGGCAGGAACCCCUUCCUGUGCAUCGCCUACCUGGUCGUCAGCUCCCUCUGCAUCCUUACUGGCUUUGUCAUGCUGGUCAUCUACAUUCACUACCAGGACUACCAGAAAGAUGAUGACAAUGAGGAGGAGGGGUGAUUCCAGCUUUCCAACGACCCUUCCUGCUCCUUACCAAAACUGCAAACUUCUUUCAGUCUCUCCCCUUUGCGCCUCAUCCUAUUCCAACCUCUCCUCACUUUUCCUCCCUUUGCGAAUGAGGGGG